GGAGUACUGCGGUAACCGGCGACGCCGCGGAGGGAGAUCAAGUCCUGAAAAAGUAGCAGUGCGGCUCGUUAGUUUCGCCGGUCUUUCUCAGCAAGUAUCAGAGAGCAAAGGAAGGAAAGCGCCACCCUGCGUGAUGCUCCGCUUGAGACCGCAGUAUUUCAUUUGAAAGACGUCUCACGGCUGGGGGGAACAGAUUGAAGCCUAACACUUUGGAAGGCAAGGCAUUUUGAUAUAAUUCAUCCCGAGGGGCUGACACCUCUCAAGCCGUGCAUCACCUGAGAGGAGAAGAGUGACUGCGCCACCAUGGGGUAUGGCCGUUCAGACAGUUACCGCGUUGCCACCACACAGGACAAAGAUGACCGAUCCCCCAAGAAGAAGAAGGGGGGUACCAAGGACAUGGACGACCUGAAGAAGGAAGUGCCCAUUACGGAACACAAAAUGUCCAUAGAGGAAACAUGCAGGAAAUACCAGACUGACAUUGUUCAGGGGUUGACCAAUGCCAAGGCAGCAGAGUAUCUGAUCAGGGACGGUCCCAAUGCUCUCACCCCUCCUCCCACCACCCCGGAGUGGAUCAAGUUCUGUCGCCAGCUGUUUGGUGGAUUCUCCAUCCUGCUGUGGACCGGCGCCAUCCUCUGCUUCCUGGCCUACGCCAUCCAGGCAGCCACUGAGGACGAUCCUGCAGGAGACAAUUUGUACUUAGGUAUUGUGCUCACAGCUGUCGUCGUCAUCACUGGUUGCUUCUCAUACUUUCAAGAGGCCAAGAGCUCCAAAAUCAUGGAGUCUUUCAAGAACAUGGUGCCUCAGCAAGCGUUGGUGAUCCGUGAGGGUGAGAAGGUACAGAUCAACGCUGAAGAAGUGGUGGGUGGAGAUCUGAUUGAAGUGAAAGGUGGAGACAGGAUCCCUGCUGACAUCAGGGUGGUUUCUGCUCAUGGCUGCAAGGUUGAUAACUCCUCCCUCACAGGCGAGUCAGAACCUCAGAGCCGGUCACCUGACUGUACCCAUGACAACCCCUUAGAGACCCGAAACCUUGCUUUCUUCUCCACCAACUGUGUGGAAGGCACAGCCCGUGGCAUUGUUAUCUGCACCGGAGACCGCACAGUCAUGGGUCGCAUUGCUACACUGACCUCUGGCCUGGAGACCGGCAAAACCCCCAUCGCAAAGGAGAUCGAGCAUUUCAUCCACAUCAUCACAGGUGUUGCCGUCUUCCUCGGUGUUACCUUUUUCAUCCUGGCCAUCGUCCUGGGUUACAGCUGGCUGGAGGCUGUCAUCUUCCUCAUCGGUAUCAUUGUGGCUAACGUGCCUGAAGGGCUGCUGGCCACUGUCACUGUAUGUCUGACCCUGACUGCCAAGCGUAUGGCUAAGAAGAACUGCCUUGUGAAGAACUUGGAAGCUGUGGAAACCUUGGGCUCCACCUCCACCAUCUGCUCCGACAAAACAGGCACCCUGACCCAGAACAGGAUGACUGUGGCCCACAUGUGGUUUGACAACCAGAUCCACGAGGCCGACACCACUGAGGACCAGUCUGGUGCCUCCUUUGACAAGAGCUCAGUGACCUGGCUGGGUCUGGCUCGUGUCGCUGGUCUGUGUAACCGCGCUCAGUUUAAAGCAGGACAAGACCAGCUGCCCAUCCUGAAACGUGACGUGGCCGGCGAUGCCUCCGAGUCCGCCCUGCUGAAGUGUAUCGAGCUGUCCUGUGGCGCAGUCAGGGCGAUGAGGGAAAGGAACAAGAAGGUGGCUGAGAUCCCCUUUAAUUCCACAAACAAAUAUCAGCUCUCAGUUCACGAGACAGAGGACCUCAAUGACAACCGCUACCUGCUGGUGAUGAAGGGAGCCCCUGAGAGGAUCCUGGACCGUUGCUCCACCAUCCUGAUUCAGGGCAAGGAGCAACCUAUGGACGAGGAAUUGAAGGAAGCUUUCCAGAAUGCCUACAUGGAGCUGGGAGGACUGGGAGAGAGAGUACUGGGUUUCUGCCAUGUGAUGCUGCCAGAGGAUCAGUACCCCAAGGGCUUUGCCUUUGACACAGAUGACGUCAACUUCCAGACUGACAACCUUUGCUUUGUUGGCCUCAUGUCCAUGAUCGACCCUCCCCGUGCUGCUGUGCCUGAUGCUGUUGGCAAAUGCCGAUCUGCUGGUAUCAAGGUCAUCAUGGUCACCGGAGAUCACCCAAUCACAGCCAAGGCCAUUGCCAAGGGAGUGGGCAUCAUCUCAGAGGGCAACGAGACAGUGGAGGACAUCGCAGCCCGUCUCAACAUACCUGUCAGCCAAGUCAACCCCAGGGAUGCCAAGGCCUGUGUGAUCCACGGUACGGACCUGAAGGAUCUGUCUCAGGACCAGAUGGACGACAUCCUGAGGAAUCACACGGAGAUCGUCUUUGCCAGGACCUCUCCUCAGCAGAAACUCAUCAUCGUGGAAGGCUGCCAGAGACUGGGUGCCAUUGUGGCUGUGACAGGUGAUGGUGUGAAUGACUCACCUGCGCUGAAAAAGGCUGACAUCGGUGUUGCCAUGGGAAUAUCUGGCUCAGAUGUGUCCAAACAGGCCGCCGACAUGAUCUUGUUGGAUGACAACUUCGCCUCUAUCGUCACAGGAGUGGAAGAAGGCCGUUUGAUCUUUGAUAACCUUAAGAAGUCCAUUGCCUACACCUUGACCAGUAACAUCCCAGAGAUCACCCCCUUCCUGCUGUUCAUCAUUGUCAACAUCCCCCUGCCACUGGGAACCAUCACCAUCCUCUGUAUUGACCUGGGAACAGACAUGGUCCCAGCCAUCUCCUUGGCUUAUGAAGCAGCUGAGAGCGACAUCAUGAAGCGUCAGCCCAGGAACCCAUUCAGGGACAAGCUGGUGAACGAGAGGCUUAUCAGCAUUGCUUAUGGACAAAUCGGUAUGAUCCAGGCUCUUGGAGGCUUCUUCGCCUACUUUGUCAUCUUGGCUGAAAAUGGUUUCCUGCCCACUCAUCUAGUGGGCAUCAGGCUCAAUUGGGACGACCGCUCUGUCAACGACCUGGAAGACAGCUACGGGCAGCAAUGGACAUACGAGCAGAGAAAGAUUGUUGAGUUCACAUGCCACACAGCCUUCUUUGUCAGUAUUGUAGUCGUGCAGUGGGCUGAUGUCAUUGUCUGCAAGACCAGGCGUAACUCUGUAUUCCAGCAGGGCAUGAGGAACAAGAUCUUGAUCUUCGGCCUGUUUGAGGAGACAGCCCUGGCUGCCUUCCUGUCCUACUGCCCAGGCAUGGAUGUGGCACUCAGGAUGUAUCCUCUAAAGCCUAGCUGGUGGUUCUGUGCGUUCCCCUAUAGUUUUCUCAUCUUUGUCUAUGAUGAGGUUCGAAAACUUCUCAUCCGUCGUAACCCUGGAGGUUGGGUGGAAAGGGAGACAUACUAUUGAUCAAUGGAGCAUCUUUGCUCAAGCCCCCUACAUGUUCCUCUUAUUUCUCCCCCCUGUCACUCCAUCCCUGGCAAACCACACCUUCAGAUGCCCCGC